AUGACACACUCGCUGACACUAUGUAGGUCCACCACAUCGACCGUUGGCCGACUGCGCCAACUGAGCGGCUCGAUUGACCAGAUUCGCAAAAUAGGCGGCGUCCCAGGCGCUUCCAUUGGAGUCCUUGACGAUGGAGAAACUUUGUGGACCGAAAACUUUGGAUUCCGCGACAAAUCCAAAACAGCGUUUCCGGACGCAAACACCAAGUACGGAAUCGGACAUAUCACCAUGUCAAUGGUAGCUGCUGGUGUUGGGAAGCUCGUGGACGAUGGAAAGCUUCAGUGGACAACUCUCUUGAGAGAAAUCAUACCCGAGAUUGAUCAUACUGAUGCCAACUGGACCCACACAUCCACAAUAGCUGAUAUCCUAGCGCAUCGCUGUGGCUUGGAUGGAGAAAUUGCAACAUUGCUAGCUAACGGUAAAAUUAGCGACAUACGGCUUCCUCUCGAAGCGUUCUUGAAAACUGUUGAUCGUAUCCCGCGCCCACUCCCGCACCGCGAAAGCUGGCUGAUGUGUCCGUGGGCAUACACAAUCGCUGCGCAUAUCAUCGAGCUUAUAUCUGGGCAGCCACUUCACUUGUAUCUUCAGGAUCAAGUAUUCCGUCCGCUUGGUAUGACUUCUACCACUCUGUGGCCAUCCUUUGAAGGGAGCAGUAAUAUCGCUGAACCGCAUGCUUCGCUUAGCAACGGGGAGGCUUGUCCAUUGGAAUUUCAACCCAGGUUUUCGUUUACUUCGUUCAAAGGAUCACGCGGAGCCUAUUCGACAGUGAGCGAUCUUCUCGUAUGGGCCAGGGAAACAAUGGCUGCAAGCGAAAACACCAGGACACUCACCAACACAGUAUUGAAACAAAUCCCACACAUCCUCAGCAACCAUAUUGCAAUGAAAAUUCCAUCGUUGUUGGAACGAUCGUACGGAUUCGGCUGGGCCAGAGCCCAGCUUCCUGGAGUUGUGGGCCUCCUUGGUGGAAACUCAUCACUUUGGGAAAUAUCCGAGCAGCCUGUCUUCGGGGCUGGAAACCAGUCGAGGCUCAUGAUUUAUCACCAAGGCGGAGGACCAGGGUACUCUUCAUUUCUUGCUAUCUUUCCUGAGACGCAGUCGGCCGUGGUAGUUCUCAUGAACACCACUGCGACGAGCGAUGCUGCUGAUUGGAUCGCGCGACUCCUAAUCGAGGGUCUCUUCGACUUUGCCAAACCUACCGAUUAUGUAAAUCUCGCAGAAGAAGGCAAACGACGAACACUCGAACGGCUCGCUACACUACGUGAUAGAUUGACGGAGGAGCGAAUCCAAGGAGCACCACCACUGCCCCUUGAAUGCUACGUCGGCAAGUACAAAAAUAUCAUUCAAGUCCACUGUGAAAAUGUCAUCGCGGGAUGCCCAUUGCUCUCGCUGCCAGAAAUCUUUUUCUUCAAUCUCAGCCAAGCAACAGCAUAUUGA